AUGGCGGGCGGGACUAACAUGGCGGCCGUAGGAGAGCUGCGAAGAACACGCCCUCCACUCGCUGGCGGCCAAUUGGAUCGGGGGGGACGCCGCGCGGCCAAACCGAAGGGGGAGGGGGAGGGGGAGGCAGAGGAGAGCUGGAAGGUUGACGGCCAAUACCUCGACGUCAUUUUUGCGCGCCGUGUUUGGACCGAGCAGGAAGAGGCUGCGAUGCCGGAGCUGGAGACCGUGCUGGGGAAGCGGGAUCUUUUCUUCGAGGAGGAAGACCUGCAGUAUGAGGAGGAAAUCCUGCGUAAUCCUUUCUCUGUCAAAUGCUGGAUCCGCUACAUUGAAUUCAAGCAGAAUGCUCCCAAGCAUAUCCUGAAUCUGAUUUAUGAGAGAGCUCUUAAAGAAUUGCCAGGGAGCUACAAGCUAUGGUAUAAUUAUCUUAAGCAGCGACGGAAACAGGUGAAGAGCAGGUGUGUAACAGACCCGAGCUAUGAAGAGGUGAACAAUUGUCACGAACGCGCCCUGGUCUUCAUGCACAAGAUGCCUCGCAUAUGGCUCGAUUACUGCCAGUUCCUCAUGGACCAAUGUCGGAUCACUCGUACACGCAGGACCUUUGACCGGGCACUCAGGGCCCUACCCAUCACACAGCACCAUCGUAUCUGGCCACUUUACCUGAAAUUUGUGCGCUUGUAUCCAUUACCUGAAACAGCUGUACGAGUCUACCGCAGAUACUUGAAGCUAAGUCCAGAGAAUGCUGAAGAAUAUAUUGAGUAUCUGCGUUCCAUUGAUCGCCUAGAUGAGGCUGCUGUCCGUCUUGCUGCCAUUGUGAAUGAUGAACGCUUUGUUUCCAAGGAGGGCAAAUCCAAUUAUCAGCUAUGGCAUGAGCUCUGUGACCUCAUCUCACAGAAUCCAGAUAAAGUGAAAUCUCUUAAUGUGGGAGCCAUCAUCCGAGGUGGUCUGACUCGUUUCACUGACCAGCUGGGCAAGCUGUGGUGUUCCCUGGCUGACUACUACAUUCGCAGUGGGCAUUUUGAGAAGGCUCGUGAUGUGUAUGAAGAAGCUAUUCAGACAGUGAUGACGGUGCGGGAUUUCACUCAAGUUUUUGACAGCUAUGCCCAGUUUGAAGAGAGUAUGAUCGCUGCAAAGAUGGAGACCACAUCAGAGAUGGGGCGUGAGGAAGAGGAUGAUGUCGACCUGGAACUGCGCCUGGCACGCUUUGAGCAGCUUAUCACACGUCGGCCUCUGCUUCUCAACAGUGUCCUCCUGCGCCAGAACCCUCACAAUGUGCAUGAGUGGCACAAGCGAGUGAAGCUAUAUGAAGGCAAACCUCGUGAGAUCAUCAACACGUACACAGAAGCAGUGCAGACCGUUGACCCGUUUAAAGCCACUGGGAAGACACACACGCUGUGGGUUUCUUUUGCCAAGUUCUAUGAGGUCAAUGGACAGAUAGAAGAUGCCAGAACCAUCUUUGAAAAGGCCACCAAGGUGAAUUACAAGCAAGUAGACGAACUUGCCAGUGUGUGGUGUGAAUAUGGAGAGAUGGAGUUGCGGCAUGAGAACUAUGACCAAGCGCUGCGUAUCCUACGGAAAGCUACAGCCAUCCCAGCUAAGAAAGCAGAGUAUUUUGAUUCCUCAGAACCUGUGCAGAACCGUGUAUACAAGUCCCUCAAAGUUUGGUCCAUGUUGGCUGACUUGGAAGAAAGUCUGGGCACUUUCAAAUCUACUAAAGCUGUGUAUGAUCGCAUUCUGGACCUCCGCAUUGCCACUCCCCAAAUCAUCAUCAACUAUGGCCUCUUCCUGGAAGAGCACAACUACUUUGAGGAGAGCUUCAAGGCAUACGAGAGAGGCAUUUCACUCUUCAAGUGGCCAAAUGUGUAUGACAUAUGGAAUACCUACCUAACUAAAUUCAUCGACCGCUAUGCUGGCAAGAAGCUGGAGCGUGCUCGGGACCUCUUUGAACAGGCAUUGGAUGGCUGUCCCCAGAAAUAUGCUAAAACUAUCUAUCUCCUGUAUGCAAAGCUGGAGGAGGAAUAUGGCUUGGCCCGCCAUGCUAUGGCAGUGUAUGAGCGGGCCACUCAGGCUGUGCAACCUUCAGAGCAGUAUGACAUGUACAAUAUCUACAUCAAGAGAGCCGCUGAAAUCUAUGGUGUCACACACACCCGCAGCAUCUAUGAGAAGGCAAUUGAGGUGCUGUCAGAUGAACACGCCCGGGAGAUGUGCCUGCGUUUUGCUGAUAUGGAGUGCAAGCUGGGUGAAAUCGAUCGGGCUCGGGCCAUUUAUUCCUACUGUUCACAGAUUUCUGAUCCCCGUACCACUACCAACUUCUGGCAGACAUGGAAGGAAUUUGAGAUCCGACAUGGGAAUGAAGACACUAUUCGAGAGAUGCUGCGCAUCAAACGAAGCGUGCAGGCGACCUACAAUACUCAAGUCAACUUCAUGGCCUCUCAAAUGCUUAAAGUUUACAGCAAUGCCACAGGCACAGUGUCUGACUUGGCACCUGGACAGAGUGGCAUGGAUGACAUGAAGCUCUUAGAGCAGCGGGCAGAGCAGCUGGCAGCUGAAGCAGAAAGAGAUCAGCCCCGAGCGAAGGAGAAAAUCCUGUUUGUCAGGAGCGAUGCUUCCCGCAGUGAAUUGGCUGAACUCACCAAACAGGCUAACCCUGAUGAAAUUGACAUUGACUUGGAUGAUGGAGAUGAGAGUGAAGACAAUGAGCCUGAUGAGGUUCAGCUGGAGCAGCAAAGUGUCCCUUCUGCUGUCUUUGGAGGCCUUAAGGAUGACUAAGUGUUCUGCUAUCUUUGGAGGUCUUAAGGAUGUCCUUAGUGAAUGAAUUGCUUUCAAUAAGACUACAGACUAUGUCCUGUGAAUAAACUUGCCCAUAAUGUAAGCAGCUACUUUCUUGCGAUUGCCUAUGCUACUGCUCUAUUCUGUCCAAAAAUGUUAUUUAUAAAAUAAUUUUGUCAAAUGGCUGUUGUAGUUUUUGUGGUGAAAGAUAGGAAGUGACAUUACUUGCUGUGCUUUGCAUAUGUAAGCUUAAUUGCCAAUAGGUUCUGUCGGGUUUUUUGCUGCCUCUCAGUGGGAAUCACAACCUCAGAAUGAAGGUGCUAAGUAUGCAUGGAAAAGAAAGUGAGGUUAUAUAUGAAGCUACUCUUAAGAUGAGAAAAGUACUCUUUGUGAGAAGUUGAGUUCUCUUAACAGAAUGUCCUUACAUAUUUAACAGUUUGUUUCACAGUUCUAAAGGGAUAGUCUUAUAACUAUAUAUAUCUUGAGGCAGUUUUUGUCCCUUCAGUGUGAACUACAGCUCCAAUCAUCCACAACUAGCAUGCCUGUGUUUCUUGGGGGAUGAAGGGAAUUCUAGCAUGACUGAUUUUCUGUAUCUGCAUCAGCUUCUUCUGUUGUCACUAGUGACUUUACAAAAUAGCAGUAGGUAUUGGGGUCAAUAAGUGUCAAUUGAAGCAUCAAUUAUGUUUUCCUUCCCAGCAGUAAUAACUUAGGAUAGGUGUACCUUAAAUGUUACUAUACCUGCUAUAGUAAGUUGUGUGAAGCCUUUUUCACAUCAAAAGAAAACACAAUUUUAUACUGUAAAAGAGAGGUACAAAACUAUAGUUCUGGAGCUAUGGUUGGGUUUCAUUCCCAUCAUGCCCUGCAUUUCCAGAUGAAGGAUAAGAACUUUGUCAGCAUUGGCAGGAAACUCAAUUCCAGUAUGGAUCAAGAUAGGUCACCCCCAGGCAGAUAUGUAUGCUACACAUUGUUCUUAAUAGCAAAUAAAAUGAUGCAAGUUGAAGAAAAGGCUUGCCACCGAUGACCAAUUAAUAAAGUGCGAAAAACAUUA